CUGGCAGCGGGUAUAAAGGCAGAGCUCCCCGGAGCGGCCGGCGCUGUCCCACCGCCAUGAGCCCCUGCCCACCCGGCUCCCGCUCCCUUAAAGCGCGGCAGCCCCGCGGUGGGAUGGAGUGAGCCCGGAGCCGCUCUGCUCCCUCCUUCCCAGCGCCCCUCGGCUGGCUCCGGAGGGAGGCGACGAGCCCGCAGCCGCUUGGAUGCUUUGAUUCCUUCCCUGCCCGAACCGCCUCCUGCCCAGAUGCAGUGGAUAAUAUUCAUGUUGCUGUUAUUCAUCAGCUCCAUGGAAAUGCUCACGCAGAACCGAUGGAAGAAGCAAGCGAGCGCCGGCCUGCUGGAGAACUGCACGGGCUGCGUGCUGUGCUCCGAGGACAACGGCUGCAUCACCUGCCACCACCGGCUCUUCCUGCUCAUCUGGAGGGACGGCAUCCGCCAGUUCGGGAUGUGCGUCCACACCUGCCCCCCCGGCUACUUCGGCGUGCGGGGACUGGAGGUCAACAGAUGCACGAAGUGCAGGUCUCCGAGCUGCGAGAGCUGCUUCAGCAGAGACUUCUGCAUGAAGUGCAAAGACAAGUUCUACCUGCACAAGGGCCAGUGCUUUCGGCAGUGCCCCCCCAGCACCGCGGUGCAGCCCGGCACCCGCGAGUGCCAAGAAACGUGCGAGCCGGGCCCCUGGAGCGAGUGGAGCCCCUGCACCCACGAGAGCCGGACCUGCGGCUGCAAGUGGGGCGUGGAGACGCGGGUCCGGGAGGUGUCGGGGGCCGCCCGGGAGGAAGGAGCCGCCUGCCCCGCGCUGCUGGAGACGCGGAAGUGCCGCAUGAGGAAGCACUGCCCAGGAGAGAAAACCGAACCCAAAAAUAAAGGCAAGAAGAGGCAGAAGAAGCCGAAGACAGAACCAGAGGCGGGUACUUAGCGGCUCCAGCACUGGAGCUGGGGCGGCGCGGUGGGAGCAGGGUGGGAGCUCUCGGAGCCCCUGGCCAGGGCUCCCACCGCGCUGCCCCAGCCGCAUCACCCCAGUUUUCCAUCCACAACACAAUUGCACAACGUUUUCUCUCCCCCCCCCCCCCCCCUUUUCUUUUGACACAAUUUAUGGCCUGUAAAACAUUUCCUUUUCAGAAAAUCUAA